AUGUCCAGCGAGGGUGGGCCGGAGCCGCCGCCGCCGGGCGGAGAGCCGGCGUCGGUCGAGAACUACACCGACCUCCUCGCCCACCUCCUCGCCGAGGUGCGGCAGAUCAACCAGCUCGGCCAGCUGCAGGCGGCAGCGCUGCGGCGAACUGCCGAUCGGAUAUCCACAAUGGAGGGGAGGCUGCAAUCCCUGGAGCACGCAAAUUCGGCGGCGCUCACUCAGACCGCGCUGGAGCUCAACACGCUCUCCGCCCUUCGCGAGACCGGGCGCCAUGCAGGCCUGACCAUCGGAGCGCUGGACGUGCCUGAAGCGGACCUCCUCGCUGCAGCGAUGAUGCCUCCACCGCCAGUUCCGGCGGCGCCGCACGCCGCCGCACCGGUGGCGAGCAGCGAUGGCGCUGGCCCCAGCGCCCCUCCACCCCGCGGCGAGCCCGGAGGCGUCAGCCAGGGCGUGAUUCACAUGGGCCAGGCCUCGCAAUCCGUCUCUAUACCGCUCGCCUCGCUCAUCGACGGCAUCGAGCCUCACGUCGGCCUCUCGUCCAAGAGGGCGCGGAAAGACGGCGCCCGGCCGCCCGAGGGGGUGCCCGCACGUUGCCGCGUGAGGGAGCAGCAGGCGGGGUCGUCGCUCGAGCCGCCGGCCCCUGCAGCAGGGCCAAGGGGGACGGCAGCAGCAGGCGAGGCGGCGGCGGCGGUGGCGGGGCCGCCGCCGGGCGGGACUUCCGCGAAGAGCGAGCUGGCGCCAGAGCCGUCGCCUUCGGAGCCGCCUCCCGGGCCUGCUGCGGAGCGGGCACCGGCGGGGCCGCCCGAGUAG